UCCGUUUAGUAUUGAUGAUGUCAUGUCAUGCUCAAGCGUGCAAUUAAUUCGAUGACAACUUCAAACCAUUGGAUAUUGGACUCGUAUUGCAGCAGGUUCGCUUCUUCGAAGUGGUUCCAAUCCUUCCCAUCACUUUAAGAAGGAAGCAAUUCCCCACAGGUGUCAUACAUUCCAAACACAAGAAAAUAGGAUCGAUCCAAUCGCAUCGUCGAAUGAAAAUGUCUUUCUCUCAAGCUUUCAAAGCCGCCAUAGUCCCCGAACCCAAGGCCCAAAAUGUCAUUUCCGACCGUACCCUCGGACCACUGAACGAUGAUGAAAUCGUUAUUGAAAUUUCCGCUACAGCCGUCAACCCAGUCGACUGGAAGAUGCGAGACUACAGCGCGUUCAUCUCCGAGUAUCCUGCAAUUCUAGGGUCCGAUGCCGCUGGAAAGGUCGUCGCCGUGGGGCCCGCGGUCUCCGGAUUCGCUAUUGGCGAUCGGGUCUUUUUCCAGGGCAUCAUCGGCACGUACGAUUCCUCCACCUUUCAACAAUACUGCAAAAUGCCAGCUUCGUUGGUAUCCAAAACCCCAGACAACAUCAGCGACGAGCAGGCCGCUGGCGUGAGUCUCGCGACAGUGGCUGCUGUCACUGCGUUCUACGAUAAGGAGGGUUAUGGAUUGACCCCUCCUUGGGAGAAAGGCGGCACGGAAGCCGGUCGUGGCCAUGCUAUAGUAAUUCUCGGUGGAGCUUCUUCUGUCGGUCAAUAUGCAAUCCAACUCGCCAGACUCUCUGGUUUUGAAAAGAUUAUCACCAAUGCGAGCCCUGCGAAUUUUGACCUAUUGAAGAAGUUGGGGGCUCAUGUGGUUCUUGAUCGACACCAAUCAGACGCCAAAGCUUUCGCUGCUGCUGCACAAGAUACCCCUCUCAUGUUUGUCUUUGAUGCUAUUUCAGUAAAGGCAACACAGAUGCUUGGUGUGCAGAUCCUCCAAGCAACCAACACAGCAAACAGUCAGGUCGUGACUGUGCACACAGUCCAUCCGGAGACCACCGAUCAAGAGGCAGUCGCACUUGGUCAGUCUCAGGAGCCGAAAGUGGGAGUCAAACAGGUCUUGGGUGUUGGCAGCGCUCCCCAUCUACGCUACCUCAGCGAGCCUCUGGCGAAGCAUCUAGGCGGCGCAGAUGGCUACAUCGCUAAAGGAGAAUUCAUCCCCAACCGGCCGCGUGUGGUACCUGGGGGAUUAAAGGCGGUGGAGGAGGCACUGUCUCUGAACAAACAGGGGGUUUCUGGGGAAAAAGUGGUCUUUUGCCCAUCUUCGAAAUAAGUAAUGAACCAGCCUUAAGCCUUUCUCUUGCGGUUCUUGUGUAUCAGUCGAUGCCAUAUCUUUCUCGAGAAUUUCCUAACCUGGUGGAAAAUUCAUAUGAAUGAAUAUA